AUGAUAGUGUUACGUAGUAUUAUAGUGGCAGUGAUCGUAUUUAUUCCAUUGGCAUCAAUUCAGCAUUUUGUUCCGCCUGUAAGUUAUUGUGCUUUGGCUGACAUUUGCAAUCACUCCUGGAUUCCCGUAUGUGCGUGGGAUAUAAAAUCAGACGACUACAAGAUUUUUACUGAUGAAUGUGAUGUAUAUGAGUUCAACUGUGAUAGAGGUGCUAAUUAUCACUUAGUAAACUACGCAGAUUGCUUUAACCCGAGUUUAUCAACAACAACGCCAUGCCCGGUACUUGAUAAGUUAAUGACUAAAAUUCUUGGCUACUACAUAUUUAGACCUAAUGGAGCAAAAACAGUGUAUGCAAGUACUACUGUUAGAACAACAGAAGCACUGCGCAGGAACCAAAGAAGAUAUACACCGGAGAAGACAAGGAAAAUAAGAAAAGAAACCACCACAUGUUCACCUUGCGAGAGAAAUAAGAAACUGCUUGCUGAACUGGAGGCCAAAGCAUGGUCAAUUGAGCCAGUUGUUCAGAAUACCACAAAGAAGAAACGUAAAUCGGGCCCGGUAAAAAGGUCCCGAACGGAAGCAACGAUAGUGUUGAAAAAAGAGACAGUGUGGAAGAAUGGUAAGAUCAUGCACAAGGUGGUAAAAGGAUUUAAACCGAAUCCAAAAACUACUAAGCGAACACAUGACGACUCCGAUUUUUUGGAAAAUUUAGCGUAG